UGACGCGGGCUGGCUUUCUGUCCGCGAACGAAAAACAUCGAAGCCUCGUGUGCUGCAACUGUCGUCCUACCUCACCAAGGAUGUCGCCAUCGACGCUGCUCUCCGCGGUUCUGGUCACCUCUGCGGCCCUUACGGUUCGCGCACAGACAUAUAGCGCGACCUAUUUGCCGUCGAACGCACCGGCGCAGUCUGAGCAAGGGCAGUCGGGAACUAACCAAUGCAGUUCCACGUCCAGUCAGACAUCCAACUGUCAGAAUGUGUUCAUGAACGCUGUCGACGAUUUCUGCCUGUUCGCACCUCCUGAGCCCGGUGCAAACGCUACCAUUGGAGAUACCGAGCGGAUAGAAGUUUCGUGGUGCAUCAAGGAUGGCCAUGGAACCCGUCUCAUCCCAGAUGGUGCUAUCACAGGCGCACAUUUUGUGCAGACGCCGGACUACGUUCAGGUCACUGGUAUGGGUGAUUUGACGAAGCUCAAGAUUCCCUCUGGCGAUAGCGGAGGGGAACUUGAUCCUCACGGCGCUGAUGGAAACGGCAACCCGAUCGGCGGCCUCGUUUUCUCGAGUGCAUUUGGACAACUGGCGCAAAUGCACGAAUGGACGAACUUCAUGUCGGACACCCUCUUCUGCUUCAGAGCUUGCAAAGACGGUCCUAUGGCGCCCGCGUUGUGCAACCACAUCUACGACGUGUUGGGUUGCUUCUGGAACAUGCCGGCGGACUACGACGCAGGUGUUUUCGAGCACUGCCAAGGAGACUCCGGCGAGCCGAUGGGCGUGUACGGGACGUCUACGUUCUUCCAAGGCGAGCCCGUAACGCCGUCCGCCCACGCGGCGCCGUCCUCGUCGCUGUGCACAACCCUGUCGACCAUCGGCAACGGAUUCGCUAUCUCGGGAACCAGCGUGAUUUCCUCCGCUGCCUCGUCAGGUACCGCGUCCGGUGGGUCUUCUUCCUCCGCCUCGUCGACCGCACCUCCCUCGUCGUCGUCGUCGUCAUCCGCUUCUGCGUCCGCCACCUCUACGACGACAGGAUCCUCUUCGUCUUCCGGUUCCAGCGAGCCCGACUCGUCUGUACGGUCGACGCUGACCUCGUCCACAGCCUCUGGCUCCGGGUCCGCUUCGGGCGCGACGCUCACUACCCCGCCCUCGGGCAGCGGGACCGCUAGCCCCAGCCAGACGGCGAGCGCUGCUAUCGCCGUCCUGCCCAUGCAGUUGGGCUUGUACUUGGUACCCAUUUUCGUUGCCGUCGCCACGGCCGGCUUAGUGAUGUUGUAGUUGUGUGAGCAACGGACGCUAGUAUCGGACUGUACAUGGACAUUCCUGCUUCCACACGAUGUACAUCGCUGUGUCUACCACAUGCCUAGUGUAAUGUUUCGACUUUGUGAACAGGUCUAAUCAUUAAUGUGCGCGCUGUUGACAUCUUCAGCUUGACUCCGCAGGAAGCCGGAUCAUGUUUAAGGAAGGUUUGCGUGUUAUGCGGACCAAUGGCACGUAAAGACGACGUUUCUUCUGCAGGAACUUCCUGCCGUGGCAUGCCCUUGGUGGAGGGAUAACGGUGGAGAGAAAUGGGCUGCGUACACCUCGAGACAACAGACACCGGUAGCCCGGGAAUCAUACGCUGAAGCAGGAUCUAGCUAUCCUUCCCGUCUUCGCCUUUCCCUCUCUGUAUCAACCCAACUCCGGUGAUAGCGCCCGCGGCGAGGACGUCGGCGGUCUUGCGGCCUUCCACACGCUCCUUCUCUGCUCUACGCUCGAACUCGUUGCGAACCUGCUGUGCGCGAGCAAUCUCCUUCUUAUGAUGCAGGCAUUCAAUGUAGUCCUCCUUCUGGGGGACGCACUGUUGAGGGUGGUCGGUUUGGGAGUAGCACUUCUGGAACUCCUGCCAGUAUGCGAAGCAGCGAGGCACGCCUCCAUUGAACCCAAAUCCUGAGGCCAUAGCUAUAAACCACCCGAGCGCGAUGAAGACAAGCC